GAAGGAAGGAUUGUCAAAAUGCGGAAGAUGCAAGCAGGCGUUCUACUGCAAUGCGGAGUGUCAGGCUCCUCAGAGAAGCAAGCCCAGCCGGUCACGUACAGUCUAGGUGAUGGAGCUCGGAGCAGUAAGAGGACAGGGCCAGCAGCCGGUCCCUGAGGCCCCCUUUCCUAGCUCUGAGAGCUCGUCACGUAAAGGACCAGAGUCGGACUUUCUUCAGAUGCAAGCAGGAGACAGCCAUGGCCUUGUUGAAGAGUUGCAGGAACCAGGCCAUCGGAAAGAAGACUGGCCUAUGCACAAGCUGGAGUGCUCAUCUAUGGUAGUUUUUGGGGACAACUGGAACCCCUCAGAGACGGUCAGGCUAACAGCAAGGAUUCUAGCCAAACAGAAAAUCCAUCCGGAGAGAACACCUUCAGAGAGGCUGUUAGCUGUGGCGGAGUUUGAGUCACAUCUGGACAAGUUGGAUAACGAGAAGAAGGCACUGAUUCAGAGUGACAUUGCUGCCCUUCACCAGUUCUACUCCAAGCACCUCGAAUUCCCUGACCACAGCAACCUGGUGGUGCUCUUUGCCCAGGUGAACUGUAACGGCUUCACCAUUGAAGAUGAAGAGCUUUCUCAUCUGGGAUCUGCCAUAUUUCCUGAUGUUGCAUUGAUGAAUCACAGCUGUUGUCCCAAUGUCAUUGUGACCUACAAGGGAACUGUGGCUGAAGUCAGAGCCGUGCAAGAAAUCCACCCAGGAGAGGAGGUGUUUACGAGCUAUAUUGACUUGCUGUACCCAACAGAAGAUAGGAAUGAUCGCUUAAGAGACUCCUAUUUUUUUACCUGUGAGUGCCAGGAGUGUACUACCAAGGACAAGGACAAGGCCAAGGUGGAGAUCCGGAAGCUCAGCAGUCCCCCAAAGGCAGAAGCCAUCCGGGACAUGGUCAGAUAUGCACGCAAUGUCAUCGAGGAAUUCCGCAGGGCCAAGCACUACAAAUCCCCUAGUGAACUGCUGGAGAUCUGCGAGCUCAGCCAGGAGAAGAUGAGCUCUCUGUUUGAGGACAGCAAUGUGUACAUGCUGCAUAUGAUGUACCAGGCCAUGGGCGUGUGCUUGUACACGCAGGACUGGGAAGGAGCCCUGCGCUACGGACAGAAGAUCAUUAAGCCCUACAGUAAGCACUAUCCAGUGUACUCCCUCAACGUGGCCUCCAUGUGGCUGAAGCUGGGAAGACUGUACAUGGGCCUGGAGAACAGAGCUGCCGGGGAGAAGGCCCUGAAGAAGGCCGUUGCCAUCAUGGAAGUAGCUCACGGCAAGGAUCAUCCGUACAUCUCUGAGAUCAGACAGGAAAUUGAAGGCCACUGACACCAUGCAACAUGUCCCGAUUUCAUCCAGUAUGCCAGAGGGAUUGGAAAGUUUCAAGUGGACACACCACUCUGGCAUUUCUGCACAUUCAGAAUGAAAACACCUCUUGUCCCAGAGCCUCACACAUGCCCUGCUUCGAGGUUGGCAUUAAUCUUUAACCUUAAUACUCAUUUCAGAUGCUUCCCUUUUUGUCAGAGGUAAUGGCAUGGUUUCAUGAAUAAUAAUAUACUUUGGGCAGAUGGGGUUCUUAAAAUGCAAUUAUUUUUUCCCUUCAUGCACAUUGGAAUGUUGUGAAUAAAGCUGGAUGAUAGAAGAAUAAAAUGAGAUCAUGACUUGAA